AUGAUGGGUAAAUAUACAGAUAAAUUAAUAAAAACAAAUUGUGAUUUAAAAUUAAAUGAAUUUGACAACCGUAAAUCUGGGGAUUGGAACGAAAAUUCGAAACCAUUUGAUACCAAUUUGUUAUUAAAUAUAAAUAAUAAUAACAAAAUUAGUAAUACCGAAUGGAAAUGUAAAAAUCUGUACAGUAUUUCAAAUCUUGAUCCAUGCAAUAAUUUAUAUUCUUAUACUGAAACCACGUCUUUGUGUAAAAUUAAUAAUCAAAGUGCUGAUGAAGAUGAUAAAUUAUUCAAAGAAAACCAAGACAAUCUAUUCGAAAAACUACGAAAUUAUUUAAUCGACUAUCAAGAAAAUGUUUUAGGAAUAUCUUCUUCAGAGGAAUAUACUUUUUCAGCGCUCAUGAAAAUAAUGGGUCAAGCUAUGGCUAAAUCACUACUGGCGCUAUUUUAUUUUAUCGUGAAUGUUAUCCCAAUGACGCUGAUACUUUUAUUCAUCUUGCGUUUUAUUUUGGACAAAACACUGGACAUAAAAAAAACAAAAGACCGCCAAGAGAUGGCUAUUAAAAUAAUGCUCUUGGGACUGCAGCUCGCAUUUGUUUAUCUGAGUCUCACAUUUAUAGUGGGACUUAUUUGGCUGCCAAUAUUGCAAAUGAUCUUACGUAUUGUUUCCUGCUGUACAAUUGACCCGUACAGCAAUUAA